AAUAAAAGAGAGAAAAUUAUUGCCAAUACACCAUCAGAUUACGCUAAUCUCAUCGAGAAAUGUUGGUCAUCUGAUCUAGAUCAACGUCCAACACUAGAUCAAAUUUUGAUAGAACUUGAGAAUUUAUCAAAUAGAACAACUAUUGAAUUUAUAACAAAUGAAAACAUCAAGAACAAUCAACUAAUUAUGCAACCAGAAUCAAAUAAUGAAAAUUCAUUAAAUUUCUUUAAUUGUAGGACUGAAACUACGUGCAAACGUCAUGGUGAAUUUGACCCAAAAGAAGAGUCGCGAAUAUUACUUGGCUCGCAAAAUUCAAAGUCUACUUGUGAUAACAAUAAUCCUAACGCUGUGCAAGAUUUAAAUAAUGAUUCUUUGAAUGCUGUUAAUUCAGAGCAGGAAGAUCCUGGUAAGAGUUCACCAUUUGGAAUGUAG